AUGAUAGGGUGGAAAUACGAAGGUAAAUGGGUACCGGAUACGCAUAAUAACUACGGUGACAAAAGUGGAUGGGUUUACUCAAUCACGGAUGUAUUCUGGGGAGAGCCAGGUACGGUGGAUACCGAAAGAAGCGAUUGGAAAUGUAUACAUAAAAUUCUACAGUAUGCCUCUGGGAAAAACAAGGCUUUCCACUACGGGGAAACCAGUGGUGACUGCAUUCGAAGGAGAAGAUUUGUUGUGGAGAUAGAGCGGACUAAGAAUGCACCGCAAGAACGUGCGAACGAAAUGUAUUCCAUUCCACGUAUGUACGAAGUUCAUGAAACGACUACUACGUGGCAGUUGCGAUGCUACUUCCUAUGGGCUAAGGACCUUCUCCCAGUAGUGAAGAACUCUGCCAGAGCGUUUGUCCGAGUGAUAUUUCUCACAAAAUCGAAACAAACGCUAGUCGUCGAAGAUUCGCAAAAUCCUGUCUGGAACGAGACGCUCAUAUUUGACAAGGUACUUAUCACGGGAGGCAAACGGCAAAUUAGUGUAAAUCCGCCCACCAUAAUCGUGGAGACUCGUGGAGAGCAGACGAACGGCAGCGAGGUUCUAUCAGCUAUGUCACUGUCUCAGAGCAGACAAAAAAGCUUGACUUUACAGAUUUUUCUCGGGCGCUUUGAAGUGAAUCCCACCGUGAUCUGUACGUCGACUGAUUCACGGGCGAAACCAAAAUGGAACACCCUCACAUUCCAGCUCGGGAAAUCCAGGUUUGACUACAUUUACAACAUACAAAUAUUUUUAUUGUCUAUGACCUUCUUUGUUAUUGACUGUUUUCAGUUCCUUUCUGUCCGAAAACCAUUCCUAGAACUCAUUAUUGGUGACAUGGAUACUCGUACUGACCCCCUCCCAAACGUCGCCAAAGAUCCGAACUUUGAAACUCCGCUUAUCACGUUUCCCAUGGUUUCACUGCCGUCAGAUCUCGAGUUCAGCCCACCGUUAGUUAUCAAUUUGUACGACACAAGGGCUUUCAAGAGGCAACCCCUAGUGGGCGUCUGUCAUAUCACGAACUUUAGCCGAUACACAAGAUUUCAGUCGAAAAAGAAGGAGGUAUCGGACAAGAACGAUUGGUCCAAGUAUGACUCAACUGUUGACACGGAAGACACCGAGUUGGCUUCCACGCCUGUUAUCGCUUCACUAAGUAAGGAGGGUAAACCGGCACUGGAUUGGUGGAGCAAGUACUACUUUUCACUUGGUCAUCCGGAAAAAGCUCCUGGAUUCGAAGAGUCGGGCAUUGAACGUCUGACAAUCUUUCAAGAUGCUUUGGAAGAUGUAAAUGGAUAUAGUGGAUUUGAAGAUUUUCUGGAUACGUUCAAUUUUGUGAAAAGCUCUCGGGGGAACUUCGACGAUCCUGAGGAGAAAGAGAAGAGUGGUCAAUUGAAAGGGAAAGUUUUCAUCAUGCCCAUUGCCGAAAAGGAUGAUUCUGUACUUCUGGACCCUCCUGGUGUAGAAUUUCUCGGUGUAGUAAAAUGUCUACUACGAGUAUACGUUGUGGAGGCAAGAAAACUGGUAUCGCAGCGUAAAAACGGAAUGUGUGAUCCGUAUCUGCUGAUCAGAUGUGGAAAGAAAAAGGUAUUUAAUGUGGAACCGGUAUUCGGCGAAUGUAUCGAGAUGGAAGUUAACAUUCCUGUUGAAAAAGAUUUAACUGUAUCUAUAAUGGACUAUAGGAAGUUAAUUAGUGACGAUACAAUCGGCUCAACCAGUAUCGAUCUCGAGAAUCGCCUUCUUACCAAAUGGCGAGCUACAGUCGGGCUAAGUGCCCAGUACACGAUUCAAGGCGAAAUGCAGUGGAGAGACCAACAGACACCGUUGUCCACUCUGAGAGGGUACUGCAAAAAGAUGUUAGUAGAACCUCCAACGAUCAUCGAAAAAGAGAACGACGUAGGAAUGAAAAUUUUUGGAAUUGAAUUCUGGCAUUCCCAGGUGGUCCAAGAAUCCGAUCAGUGCGAUAAAGCGAUGUCUCAAACGCGAGCGGCCGCGGGAAAAGAAGGCAGUGACGUUGACGAUCAGGCUAAGGAAGAAGAAUCGAAGAGAAAAGAUCCUGAUGAACAUCAAUCUUCUUGGCAACGAGGAGACGAAUUACGGGCUAAAAGAGCUUCGAUUGCACAGCAUGGCGAAAGAGCGGAGGAAGUGGAACUGAGUCCAGAAGAAAAACUCAAACUACGAAAAGCAAGUCGCGAAAGGAUCGUAGGACGUCCUCUGCAGCAAGUAGCUCUUUAUGUGCUGAGAAAGACGCGUCGUCCACCAAAACUACGAUUCCAUGUUCCUUAUGCUUUGUCAAGCCAGCAGACGCCAUCCACUAAAGGAGAGUACAAACUAAAAGCCAGCGAGUCGCUAGUGGAGCCACUGUUGAUCAUCCAAUUAUGGGAUAAGAAUAAAUUCCGAAAAGAUGUGAUGCUAGGACAGAUGGCUAUGGAUAUGACUCAUUUUAAAGAGGGGAUAGCUGAUCCGGAAGAUAUUGGAAUUAUAAGGAAGCGAAGGGUCCGUGAAAGAUGUACUGUCUGCAGUCGGAGAUGUUGUUGUGUGAGACUCUGCUUGUAUUGUAAAGAUACUCGAUGUGGAUGUAAAAUACGCAAGAAGACUAAAAUACCGUAUCCCAAACCAAUGAAGUAUAGAAGGCCCCCAGACGCUGAACUUGAGACGGUGAACUUGUUUGAUUCAAACGCCCUGAGGGGAUGGUGGCCUGUGGUCACUGAUAAACGCCAUCACACCCUUGCGAAGGACAGCUCAGGAGAAAAGAAGAAAGAUGACGAUUAUAAAGAAGAUGAUCUGUUUAUUAUGGGACUGCUUGAACUUGAGAUGUCAUUGGUGACAGCCGAAGAGGCAGCUGCGGAUCCUGUCGGCAAAAAACGGAAAGAGCCGAAUCAUGUAUGUUAG